GUGGCAAGACUAUCAGGUAAACAGUCAAAAUUGGAUUUUUCAGUUAAUUUUUAUGUUACUUGUUGCUAUACUUGUCUUUGCCACUGGUGGAGAGAUUUAUUGGCAAUAACUGCAUCUGCAAUUGCGAUUCCAGUAUUGGUUGUUUCUAUUAUAAUUGUUAUCAUGAUUUCUGUUGCUGUUGUUGUUGUUGUAAGAAAUUUUAGAAGACAAGUAAUGUGGAAUGCAGAUUCUUACAUUUAUGGACACAACAUUGAUUAUUCUAAAUCAACACCUUGUUGGAUUUUUCCUGAAAGUAUAGUUUUUGAUAAGAAAAUUGGUGAAGGUGCUUUUGGAAAUGUCUUUAUAGCAAAAAUCAAUACACAAGUUAUUUCUAAAACAAUGUAUGCAAAACAAUCUCAGUUAGUUUCAGAUGAUGUCAAAAAUGAUUUAACUGUUGCUGUAAAACUUUUAAAAGAUGGUGCAAAUCAAUCAGAGUUUGACAAUUUUUGUGACGAAAUCGAUCUAAUGAAAAAAAUUGGAUAUCAUCAAUAUAUUGUCAACAUGAUUGGUUAUUCUAAAGUCAAAAAGCCAUUGUGUUUAGUUCUUGAGUAUAUGGAAAAUGGAAAUUUGUUGCAUUUCUUAAGAAAUACACGCAAUAAAAAAACAUUAAUUAGCCGUGAAAACAUCAGACAUAACAAGAUGGUUUUCAGAAAUUUCAAAAUGCCAUCCUGUCUAACCAUUGCUAUAUUAGGCCAACUCAGAAAUACAGAGGAAACUCAAAGCUUUAUGAGCACAGAAAAUCCAAAGAAUCUUGAGACAGUUAAAUUAAUACAAAAUGAAUCUCUGUCAUCAGAAAUAAUUACUCCUAAUGAUUUGCUCAAUUUUGCAUGGCAAAUAUCAUCAGGAAUGGAGUAUCUUUCAAGUAUCAAACUUGUUCACUGUGAUCUUGCUGCAAGAAAUAUCUUAGUUGGUGCUACUAAAAAUAUAAAAAUAUCAGGUUUUGGAUUGACUCGAAAAUCCAAUGAAAAUUUAACUUAUCUAAGUUGCAAAAGUCGUCGCUUACCAGUCAAGUGGAUGGCAGUGGAAGCAUUAUUUGAUCAUAUGUUUACAUCAUACAGUGAUGUAUGGGCGUAUGGAAUUGUUUUGUUUGAAAUUGUUACACUAGGAGGAUCGCCUUAUCCUACAGUAAGUGAUUGUGAACUGCUACCACUUUUAAAGUCUGGUUUCAGGAUGGAUCGACCAAAAAAUUGCGCUCAACCUAUGUAUGAUAUAAUGGUAAAGUGUUGGAAUGAAGAUCCUUUACAGCGACCAACUUUUACUGAGUUACGCAAGCUUUUUGAGGAAAUAAUUUCUCGAGGUGACAGUUACAUAAGUUUUGAUAUCGACGAAGAAAAUAGUUGUUACAAGGUACACAUACCGUCUGAAACAAGUCAUAUUUUGAAAAAAGAAUUAUAUAAAUCGCCUGGUGUUGAAACAUCGAUUUAGGGAGUUUACAAUAAAGAUAGUUAUUUGUGAAGUUUCGAUCUUAAAGAUGUUCGAUGUUUAUAAUUUAAUUGUUUUUUAUAUAUAUUAAACUUAAAUUUUAAGUUUAAUAUAUCAAUAUAAUACAAACUUAUUUAAAUAUUUUUAAAACGAUUUUUAAAUUUUUAUCAACAAUAU